GCGUCGGCUGAACGGUGGCAGUUAGUAUUUCCCAGCCAACGGUGCCUCACAGGUGUGCGAAGAGCCUCAGGAGCCGCAGUGCGAGUGCAAGCUUUGGUCUUGAAAUAUUUUCUUACAAAAUUUUGUAACUGGAUAACGAAUUGGAUUAAACACACAACACCCCAAAAAAAUCAACCAAAAAAAUCACAAAUCUCUCUAAAAAACCGCGACCUCUUAGCGGAUUAUCGAAUGUGUUCCAGACAAGUGCCACGAGCCGUGUGAUAAUAAAAUAAUAAAAUCCAUAUAAAGUGAAUUAAAACUAUCAAUAUCCAAGUGAUGACGAAAAUGUGGAGAACCGUGUGUGUGGUGCUUUUCUUAACGGCAACCUGCCAGGCAGGACCCCUCCAUUCUGGCCACCAGAAAAGAAAACACCCUGCGAUACGUGAGGAGCCUUCUCCUCCUGCUGAGGUGGAAAUGCCAGAACAGACGGAAUCGGAGGUGGAGUCCAGUGCUCCGGCGGAAAACGCUUCCCUGGGCACGCUCACCCUGCCCAGCAAUGCCACAUCCAUCAGGGCCGACAUCACGGACAACUUUUCGUGCGCCAACAAGUCGUAUGGAUACUACGCGGAUGUGGAGAACGAUUGCCAGAUCUUCCAUGUGUGCCUGCCAGUGACCUAUGCCGAUGGCAGGGAGAACACCUUCCGCUGGAGCUUCAUCUGCCCCGAGGACACCAUUUUCAGCCAGGAAUCCUUCACCUGCAUGCGUCGGGAGGACAUGACCAUCGAGUGCUCCGACAGUUCUCGGUACUACGAACUGAACGGCAACUUUGGUGGUCCCGUGGAGGAGGAGAGCAAGCCCACUCCUGCCGAGAGUGAGCAGCCAGAAAAGGAGGAAAUGGAAGAGGAGGAACCGGAAGUUUCAGCCCCAGCUCCUGUGGAGCCUGCCAAGCCCAUGAAGCCAGUAAAGACGCAAAAGCCCAAGCCCCAGCGCAGGAAACCCCAAAGAAAAACAGCAGUGACUGCCGCUCCGGUAGUGGAAUCUCAGCCAGAGCCUGUAGCUCCUGUGGAAAUGGAACCCAAGCCAGUGAAGCCUCAACGGUUCACCGUCAGACCCAAUAAGGAUAACAAGCCCAAGCCUGCCAUAGCCGCUCCUCCAAUGAGGAAUGAGCUCUUCAACGGAAUUCGCAAACGUCCUGCCAUCUUCAACAAGCCAACCACAACCCCCAAGCCCAUUGAGGAAGUUGUGGACACGGAGCCUGUGGCAGUCACCGAGGCAGUGGUGCAACUUAGUGAGCCCCAACCCACACUCAAGUUGCAGACCAUGUUUGCAGAGCCAGUGGUGAUUCCUGUGGAAGUGCAGGAGCCGGAGGUUCAGGCUUCCGAGCCAGCAGUGUCCUUUGUUCAGCCAGAAGUUGUUCCUGAGGAAGUUGCCCCCACAAAGAUCCAGAUCGAUACCAAAAUCGACGAUGUAAAGCCCAUCGAAGCCUUUGAGGAGAUCCCUGCCGUCGUUGUGGAAUCUUUGGAAGAACAAAAGCCACAGGAAACUGAGAAGGAGCCAGUGGAGGAGCAGGCCAUUAAAACAACAGAUGAGGUUAAGCCAGAAGAGGAGAUUAAGGCUGAGGAAGAGAUUAAGCCCGAGGAAGAGACCAAGCCUGAGGAAGAGAUGAAGUCUGAGGAAGCACCUAAACAGGAAGAGGAUAUCAAACCUGAAGAGGAAGUCAAGCAGGAGGAAGAAAUCAAGCCUGUAGAAGAAACCAAACCCGAAGAAGAGAUCAAGCUGGAGGAAGAAACCAAGCCAGAAGAAGAAACCAAACAAGAAGAAGAAAUCAAACCCGAAGAAGAACCAGAAGUUCCAGCCAAAGUUGAAGAAAUCUCAGUCCCUGUAGCCCAGGAAACUCCUGCCAAUCCUGCCAUAGUGGAAACCAGCAACUCUAACGAGGAACCCAACAUAGAAUCCCUAGAAGCAGCUAGGCCCGCCGAUGCGCCCGAAAGUAUGCCCGCCACUCCCGGAAUGGAGGAACAUAGCCCUCUCGUAGAGCAGGUCUUGGAUUUGGAUACAAUUAAGGAGGGUGGAGAGGCCCAAGAGUCGCUUGGUGGCUUCAAGCCUGUGGAUCCUGUCAUGGCCGCUGAGGCCGAGCAGUUGAUCACCGACUUUCUGAAUACCCUGAGAAAGAACGAAGAGAAACCCGAGACUGACAUGGCUGAAAAGGUGCAACCAGAGGAAGCUAAUGCAGCGGAUGUGUCCAUCGAGGAGGCCAAACUGCCAGAGCCCGAGAUUGUAGACAAGAACGCAUCGAUCGAGGAGCAGAUUCUUGAGGAAUCAGAGCCUCAGAAGUCCCACAAACCAGAUAUGAUGAAGGAUUCCCCCAUAAUCAAUAUUAUGCAACUGAAUCACCUGCCCAUGGACUACCAAAUACCAGUCCAAGUGAUUCCACUUGAGGCGCAGCCUGCUCCUGAGCAGCUAGAGAUGUCCGGACAACCCGAAGAGGCUGAGAAAAUCGCUGCCGAGGAAGCAACUCCUGAGGAAGUCAAGGAAACAGCUCCUGAGGAAAUCAAGGAGGAUGUCGUCGAAAGCUCACCCGAAGCGGUGGAGGACACCGCCCCAGAGGAUCUGAAAGAACAUACUCUUGAGGAAAGCAAAGAACCUUCCCCUGAGGAAAGCAAUAAUGAGGAAACCCAAUCCCAUGAUGAUGCCCAGGAUAAUCUAGUCACCGCCGCCUACAUGCCCUCCAUUAGCAUCGAUGAUAUUGUGGAGCUCGUCAAGGAGCGCUUGGAUCAGACGCCAAAGAAGGAACAGAUGGCUCCCAUGGAGCUCAUUCUCACACCGGGCGCUGCAGCUCCCUUGACCCUGGUCCAAGCUACUCCCGAUCCGGAGAACCAGGCAGAAAGCGAAGCGGAAACCCUGCCCGAGGAGGAGAAUCCCAUUCUGCCCAUUUACAGUCGCAUCACCGCAGCCGAGCCCGCCAUGUCCAAGGUUCAGACACUGCCAGUGACCGCUGGCAAGGUGGAGACGGAUGAGACGGAAUCCCAGCCGGAGGUCAGAGAACCCAAGGCCAAGGCUAAGAUGGAUGCUCGAAAGCGCCGUUUCCUGUUCCGUGCCGAUGCCAGUUAGAUAGAGCCAGACCGUGAGAGAGAAAGAUAGAUAGAUGGACAGAUAGCAAUCCUGGCGAGGAUCGCCCUCCUCCCACUUAGCCCAAAACCGGAACCGGAACCCCGUUCACCUCCUAGUUCCCAAAUAAGAAAACGCUAUCCCACUCAUUUGCAAUUUAGGCAAGUUUUUAAAUUAAUUUUUUGAUUUCCUAGUUUUUAUGGCCAUUUCUGAAAAAAAAACGAAAAACGCGAGCACGAGAGUUGAAAUUUAAGUUUAGAGUUGUUGUUCCCAGGAGUUGAAGAAAGAAAAAACACAAAACUUUCCAAAAAAAUAUUAAAAUAAAAUUUUUUAAAUAAAA